GAGGUUGGCCGAAAGUCUCGUUACAGUGAGCUCCGCGAACGGGCUAUCGCUGUGGGGAGCUUAGCAUACUCAACCAAACAGCAAAUCGUCUCCGUGAAAACAACUAUUAUUGGGUGUAUUUUCAGAGACAGAUACUUGGCAACGGUUUAUAAAGUAUGUCUGAACCCCAGGAGAAGGUGGACAUGAGUGCCCUCAAAGACACAUUCCUGGAGUGUCCUGUAUGUGUGGAACAUUUCAACCAGACAGACCGAUGUCCUCGUCUCCUCCACUCCUGCCUCCAUGCCUUCUGUACCCUGUGUCUUCAACAGCUUCUCACGAAGGAGGGGAAAGGUCAGAUCACAUGCCCUCUAUGUCGCAGGGUCCACAAAGUUCCAGGAAAGGCUGAAACGUUGCCCGUGGAUGCGGUCAGAGCGAAACUUGUGGAUUUUGUGCAGAUCAGGAAUGAAGGGAAAGUUCCUUGUACAGACUGCCCCGAAGGAAGUACAGCGGAGUCAAGGUGUCCGGAGUGUUCUCUUUAUCUAUGUAAGGACUGCACACAUGUACACAAACGUCAUCAACUGACAAACGACCAUACAAUCAUAUCCCUGAGUGAUGUAUUACAACAGCCCUUGAACACGUUUGGCAAGCGUCACUGCUGCACUCAUCACCCAAAACACCAGUUGGAGUUCUUUUGUGCUACUGAUGAAACUCUGUGUUGUAUGGCUUGCACAGUUAUGGAACAUAAAGGCCAUGAAUUCCAGAAACUUGAAGAAGCUGCUAAAAAACGACAAGAUGAAUUGGAAACAUUGAUGCAAACCGUCCUUACAAAUGCCCAACAACUGCGUCAGAGACGACUAUCUGAAGAAGGACGUCAAAAUACAAUUGUGCAGGCUCAGGGAAAGGCCAAAUCCGACGUAAGCAUAUACUUUAAAAGUUUGACAAGUAUUAUCAAUCUGAGAAAAGCACUUUUGGACCAAGACAUCGACCAAAGAAGUAACACUAUGUUGUCUCUGUCUAAGAAGGAAGUAGAAGCGAUCGACCAGACUCUUGCUGUUAUGGACUCAACUGUAACAUACUUCACACAAGCAAGGGAGAAGGCUGAUGUCGUGGAAAUGCUGCAGGUGUACCCUGCUAUUAAGAGAAGCCUGGAAGCAUCAGCCGAUGGACAAGGCCAGGGUCAAUCAACAGCAACAGAAAUUCUGACAUUUUGUCCCUCAAAUGGAAAAAUUGUCGAUAAAUUAGUGUCAGAAGUAGGAUGUGUGAGAGAGUCUACGGAGACCCUGAACGAAGGUAAUCAACUCCUGCUGUGUUUAAAUGCAGUAUUUGAUGCUGCUUUAAAAUACAAGAGCAAGAAUCAACUUAUUAAACAUCUUCAAGCCUUGCCUGGCACGGGUGCAACAGAGUUUAAAGUUGCAUGGAGAUCAAGAAUUGGGACCACUUCUGAUGUAAGCUUUAGUCCAAGAAAUAAAGCCAUGAAAGCUGGGACUACAGGGAUGGGAACAAAUGUGGAAGUCAGAGGUAACAGUAUUGUUGAUCGGGAAAUCCUCAGACAAAGACUUCAUGUUGGUGAUGAUAAGAGGUACCAGAGCUUGCCAAGAGAAAGGUCAACAUCCCCGGAUGACACAUGCUGCAUCUGUAUGGACACAAUCACUGUCCCCAAAAAACUGCCAUGUGGCCACACCUUCUGUGCCGACUGUAUCAGACAGGCGUUCAAGGUGAAGCUAGCCUGUCCUGUAUGUGGGAAGCUGUAUGGUAUUGUGAAGGGGAACCAGCCCAAAGGGGGGAAGAUGACUCAUAAAUUACACCAAAAUACUCUUCCAGGAUAUGAAGAUGCACAAGGAGUGAUUGUCAUCAGUUAUGAAUUUCCAGCAGGGUUACAACAGGCUGAUCAUCCAGAACCUGGGAGGCGCUACUCUGGCAUCCAUAGAAUAGCCUAUCUCCCGUACAAUUAUGAAGGAUGGGAGGUGCUGAGGCUGCUGUACAAGGCAUUUGAUUCUUAUGUCACCUUUACUAUCGGCGUCUUUGGAACUACUGGUGGCAGUGGCGUCAUCACCUGGAAUGGCAUUCGCCAUAAGACUAGUAUGGCGGGAGGGUCUUCACAGAACGGCUACCCUGACUCUGACUACCUGAAAGAAGUGAAGAAGGAUCUGGCUCUCAAGGGAAUCGCAGCUUCCCCAUGAGAGGUCAACACUGACCACAGACCACAGAGCAUUGUGGCCCAAACAGACAAAGAAUGGUUACAAUUCGGCCCAGGGAUACGCUGACCCUUUAAUGCUGUGUUUCACAGCAAAUAUUAUGAGCGUCUCACAUCAGAUAUAAGUAAGAUCAAGUGACUGUACUGCUAAUGCUAUAUCAGAAAAUUAAAGAUAGCACCAAACAAUUGGAAAAUUGAUUUCCAAUAAUGUACAACAAAUGUUUAAUUGAACUAACUCGUAUAUUUCAUUAUAUCAUUAUAAUUUUAUUGUCAUGAGUGACAAAGCAAGAAAACUUAGUAUGAAUUUGCACUGAGAGAAGACAGUGGUUUACCACUGCCACAAGAAUUUGGAUGUUUAGUCAACAUGUUUUGCAUCUAAUUUUUGUCAGUAUGUUGGCAUUUGUUUGACCAUUGUUGUGACUAAUACCGGUAAACAUGGUGAACAGAGGACAUACAAUGUGAAGAAUAUAUUUCAGGUUUCUACAAUAUUUUACAGGUGGUGUCUUGUUACCGUACAGAUCGAACCUGUGUUGUCAAUUUUGUAUUUAUAUCAGUAAAUAUGGUAUAUACUUUAUAGUUUUUGACAUAUUAAUAAAGAAUUGAUAGAUCUUGACAUUUUUUAUCAAAUAAUUGAUGGUCCUUUUCAUAUACUGAACAACAAAAGUUCCUGUGACAUUGAAUAAGAUUUAAUGCAAAGUUAUGUUUUUUACCAAAUCUGAAACAAUUUUGGUUUGCA